UGAAGAAGCUCAAAACACAAGGACAUUUUUAUGAACCAAGUUUAAAAUAUUCACGCCAAAGCGAUAGGAAGAGUUGAUUUAAUCUGCAUAUCUUCUUCACUCCUUCAAUGGCCGAUUGAUAAGCUUGCAAUUCUUCCGCUAAACUCGUCUCCACCACUCCUCAAACGCAUUCAAUUUCAACAUAUCCCUCAUGCUUAUCCUCCAACCAUGUUUCACCGCUCUUCCGCCAAACAAAUUCCUCCCCUUCCGACGCGCCAAACCGCCUCAUCAUGCCGGAUUUUAUUCCGGUCUACUCUCACCUGUCACACGGCUGAGGAUCAAGACUCCCCACUCCCAACUCGAAACGGACGGUUUUGCUGGCCGAGAUGAUGAAGAAGCCAUCGAUGUUUCUUGGGCUGGAGGCGGGUUUGGGGGUCGCCAAGGCGAAGAUAAUGAUUACGAUAAAGACCCUGAGUUCGCCGAGAUUAUGGGCUCCUGCCUCGAUGACCCGGAUAAAGCUAAGUCCAAGAUGGAGGAGAGGUUGAGGAAGAAAAGGAACAAAAUACUGCACACGAAAACUGGCUCAGCAAGCCCAAUGAAGGUGCAUUUUAACAAAUUUGAUUUCUCAAAUUCGUAUAUAUGGUUGGAAUUCUACAAUGCACCACUUGAGCAAGAUAUUUCAUUGAUCAGCGAUACCAUUCGAUCAUGGCACAUUGUUGGACGUCUUGGUGGGUGCAACUCUAUGAAUAUGCAGCUAUCACAAGCUCCUUUGGACAUGAGACCAAGUUAUGAUGCUAUUCAAGGAGCAAAUGUGAGUCCAACCACAUUUUACAACAUAGGCGACCUUGAGGUCCAGCAUAACUUAGCUCGAAUAUGGGUUGAUAUUGGCACCGUGGAACCAUUGCUCUUGGAUAUUUUGAUUAAUGCUCUAACACAAUUAAGCUCUGAUUAUGUCGGGAUUAAACAGGUGAUGUUUGGUGGAUCUGAAUUUGAGGGAUGGGAGGAAAACUUGAAAUCUGAAGAUGUAGGAUACAAUGUUCACAAGAUCUAGAAAAAUCGUUUUGCCGCUUUGGCAUUUCAACAGAGCUCAGCUGGGAUUUCAAAUAGCUUUAGGGAAAUUUUGUCAUGUUUCAUGUAUAAGAAUGUAACUGAAUGUCUUUGUAUCAGUGCCUAUAAUAGUGAUGAAUUAAGACAUUAA